AUGUCCUCGCUUGUGGGCGCUGUAUUUGAACGUUCUGCCACAUCUAAACCGUCAUCUCCUUUUGCACCGGGUCCAUCGAGCGCCGGAUUUCCUCAAGCCACCCAUCGGUCAAAGAAAAGCGCGUUUUCAAAGGCCAGAGAGCAAAAUGUCCAACGUCGGGAUCAUCUCCCAACAGUGGUUCCUUCGCAGCCAAUGCAGCAGCAUGCUGAAGCCGGUCGAAGUCUGGACUGGAGAGAGCAAAUGAGUCGAGAGAAUGAGUAUCGUGUCAGCGCAAUGACGGAGGACGAGCGAGAACAGGAAAAGAAGGAGAUUUUACAGCGGUUUGGCCCGGGCAUUGGGGACAUCUUGAAGAAGGCGCGUGAAGCACGAGAGAGGAAUGUUGCUGGGCCGUCUUCCCCACGAAUCGAGCCACUCCCUUCUGCGCUCGCCUCUCCGUCGCGACCUGCCAGCAGCGCCUCCAAAAAGAUCAGAUUCGCUGAAGUCACUGAGAGCGAUGUGCAUGUGUAUGAAUCUGCCCCGCCUUCACCGCGAAAGAAAGCUCUCGCAUUACCGCCUCCCUCAAUCGACGACAACGACGCGGUCUCCAUAGGCACCUGGAAGGGCAAAUCACCAGCUUCCACCCUGGCGAACGAAGAACCUGAAGAAGGUACACCGGAAUACAUCAGACGUCGAUUCUUCCCUUCUGCCCCUUCCAAUAACCCAAAUCUCGCUUGGAUGGAGGAAUCUGCUCGACCAGGCUCCUCUGGUCCAGCUUCCACUUCAUUGCGAUUUGACCUCUCCGGAAAUGUUCUCCCUCCAUCACUUCACGACUCCCUUCCAACUCAUCUUGGUCUUCAUCAUCAUGCCCCGGACGAAACUGGCGUUCAACUGGCCGGAUACACACUGGAUGAUAUCUUUUUAAUGUCAAGAUCAGAGGUGAAGGCUCAACGCGCGGCUGCAAUGCGAAUGUUAGGUGGAAUUGCCGACUGGGCCAAUUUAAAUGAAGACCAAGCAGAGUUGAGACCUCGUGUCUUGGCUGCAGGUAUUGAAGCGAUGGCGGAACGAGGUAGUCUGGGACUUCAUGCUGUCGAAGUUGUCUGGAAGUGCCUGAGCGCAUAUGCAGUGCCGAUUAUUGCUGGAGUAGAGCUAGGAAUCACCAUUCCCUCUCUUCCUCUUUCGCAUCUCCUUCAACAGACAGCCACAGCCCUAGAAACGUCGGAGGAUCCCACUUCUUUAGGUCAUCUACUUGCUAUUCUUAGACAAUUAGCGAACACAAACAACGAUACUGCAACCGAAAUCGUCUCGACACCGUCGCUGAUCUCAAACCUAUUCCGAGCCUUCCUUCUUUCCAGCUCGCAUACUUCUACAGAGCACGCUAACGAGGCCUUGCAACUGCUAACGACACUUGCCUCCUCGUCACGUGCCAAUGCCAGAACACUCUGCGAGCCUGCUGACGCUCUCCUCCGUUUCAUCGCGAUUUUACCGCCGCCAAACCCACAUCUCGUCACCUCAACGCUGGCUUUUUACAAAACCCUUGCGUCAUAUGGUCUCUACUCGAACAUCGCCAGUACCGCACACCUUCCUCUUACCGAUCUUGCUCGGUAUAUCCACGACAAUCAUAGUCUUGCAGCUCCGUGGGCUGAAUUAUUAGAGGCGUGGAUUGUUUGUGCCACCGAUCCACAUCAUACCACUCCAGAGCAUGAUAUUCUUUGGAGCCAGGUUGUCGCUUGUGGCUGGGGUCAAGAUUUACUCGCUAUAAUGCCUAAGCUGGACGACAGCGAUGAUAUGGCUGCUGUAUGGCGUGCAACUGCGACGUGGCUCGAGGGGGCAAGGAUUAACGGCGUUCGAGCCGGAGAGGAAGAACGGGCCGAAUGUUUGGCGUCGGUGAAGGCUGGCUUUGAGACGGAAGGAGGCUUGGAACACAAGACCGUCCAAGCCGCGCUAUCAAAUUUAACUUCUGAGCUUUCUCUGAUUGAAGGAUCCGACCCUGAGAAGAUGGCCAGAAUGGGGCGUGUCGCAGAGACGUUAGCGGCCGCUAUUCGUCUGUGGCUUGCAUGUUUACCAACGUCGUCAACAAACCCGAUUUCUUCACCGCCAUUUCGGCUACCCUUCGAGCAACUUUCUGAAAUAUGCAGAAAGCUGGUAGCACAUCCGGUCUGGUCUGCUCUACCAGGUUCUGGUGCGGGAUACGCUGUCUAUCGACCGCUCAGCUCGCUCCUCGCCAGGUACCUCCGUCUUUCCAGACACCUUCCCAAUAUCUCUCAAGACGUGUGGAUGGCCCAGGCGCUUGCUGUCAUCGCCCGCUUGCUUCCUGGAGAUGAAGAUUUUGCAGUCGAGGUGACGAAUGAGUUGAUUGACUUGUUUACGGUCGAAUGGACCAAUGCUCGUGGCUUCGACAUGACCUUGGAGUUCUGGAAUAAGAGGGGUCUCAAAAUUCUCAAGCCCUUUCUUCCGCACGUUAUCCGUCCCACUCUGGAUGUCUUUGUGGGCCCUUCAACGACAUCUCCCAAUUCCAUAAAAUACUCCACGACACAGCGGCUCCCCACACAUUCAUCAGCUUUCUCGCGAGAGUAUGGCGUGCCUUUGCGAAGAGACUGGUCGCUGGCUCCUUUGGAUCAUCUACUUCGUUCAGGUGUCUCUCCUGCCUUCCAAAAUCUUCCACCGUCCUGGGAUGGCUCCGAAGUUGAUGUUACGCGUGCCGCAUUGCUGCUGACGAAUAUCUGUCGAGAAAUAUCAUCCAGGUAUUCGUUGUCAAGCUUCGUCUUGACCCGCGAAGAGGCGGUAUUUGGCUGCAUGAAAGUGUUCAUGCUUGAACACGGCCAGCCGCAUAACGAUUCGGCAGAGGAGGUAUUCCGUGAUCCGCUCGUCAACAAAUUGAUGGACAACCUGCUGAGCCGAUAUACGGCUGUCGCUGGCCUCCCAACUUCCCCAGACGACCUCGAACAAGCCGCCAUACCUUUCCUGGGGUCUUCAACCCCGUUCUACCAGUACUACACAGACUUCAUCGCACUCUACGAUGCAAUUUCCUUCUCCCACCCGACCUUUGCCCGUUUGCUGUUGCCGCCAACGACAAUGAAGUAUGCACCAGACUACCGUCGCCAUCUUUGGAACGACUUUGCGCAUGUGAUCAGAACCAUUCGCGUUACGCCGGAGACUCUCAUCGCCGGUGACCUCGGGGAGUACCUUUGGCCAGUAGAUUCGGACCCGCAAAUGCUCGGCGGGUAUCUCCGCGCGCUGCUGAAAGAUGGAGGGGUUCAAGACUUCUUGCGGCUAGUUGCCCUCCACCAUGUCGCGUGCAAUAUUUGGCCUGAUCUGCGGGAAAAUGGCGAGGACGAGCGGGCGGAGAAGUUGUUGAAGGCGGUCAUUGAGCAGGGGUCGCAUGACACUGUUGCGGAGGUGAUGCGCUACCGACAAGCUUCGAAACAACAUGUCUCUUUGCCCCCAGAUUGCUUUAAUAUACAUGAAAACCUUAGGAUCUCACGACUGGACUUCGUUCGUCGUGUGGGAGGCGAUGUGUUGGUGGAAAGGGUUCAUGGCUUGUUUUCGCAAGGGUAG